UACUUAAAUAAAUCUUAACAUCUAUAAUAAACUUCCUCAUAAUUAUAUUCAUUAUCGUUAUUUGUAUUCAUCGCGUUUGGUGUAAACCCAUUUAAAAUGUACGUAUGUAUGGCUUUGUUGCCUUCUAUCUAUUUUUAAUAUUACCUUAAGUUAAUGAUAAAAUAACCUUUGCAAAUGAAAUUUAAUUUACAAGAAUGGCUUUAUAUGUUCAUGUGUUAAGUUUUUGGUUAGUAGUUGAAGUGUUAAUUAUAUUAAUUUUAGUGAGAAGUUGUAAAAAUGAUAAAAUGGAAGGAUUUUCUGAGCCACAAAUGGAAGGUUAUGUAAAUUCUUUUAAUUAUCCUAUAGAGGUUUACAAUGUAGAAACAAGCGAUGGAUACAUUUUAAAACUAUUUCGUAUUCCACAUGGAAAAUACAAUAAAUCAGAGUCUAAAGGACCGCCAAUUAUUUUAAUGCAUGCAUUUAUGGCUUCUUCGGAAUCAUAUGUUAUGCUUGGAGAAAAUCAAUCAUUGGCAUUUUUGGCAGCUGAAGCUGGUUACGAUGUUUGGAUGCCAAACGCUAGAGGCAAUACUCAUUCAAGAAAACAUAAAACGUUGAAUCCCGAUAAGGAUUUUAGCUUUUGGAAUUUUAGUUACAUAGGACAUUCACAAGGUGGCACCGUUUUAUUCGUAAUGACAAGUGAAAAACCUGAAUACAAAGAAAAAAUUAAUGUGGUCAUAGGUUUGGCCCCUGCAGUGUACCUAAAUAAUUUCGACCAUCCAUAUCUAAUGGAUUUCGUAGAUAAUUUUGAAGCUAUAUACGAGGGACAUUCUAUGGUAAAAUCUGGGGAAAGAAUAUUUUACUCGAAUUACAGCGAUAUAAGAUAUUUACUAUUUGCUUUUAAAGGUUUAUUACCAUCCCUAAUAAUUAAAUAUUGGACUCUCUUUACGGGCGAAUCUGAAGUUUCUAAUUGGGUAGUUAUUAAGCAUUAUAGUUAA